UUUAGGUACAUGAGAUCUAGAAGCAGCUUGCCUAGGUUCAUACCACCCCUUCUAGCAACUGGGCAUUUUAUUCAUGGUUGUGGCGCUUCCGUUUCCUUGUCUGUAAAAUGGGAAAAAUACUCGUAUCUAAAAGUUUUAAAAACUAUAAAGCACUUAGAACAGUGCCUGGUCCCUACUAGUUAACGCCUGUUGCCAUGACACUGUACUGUAAAUAAUGUCGAUCCCUGAUACGAGUUGGACUCAGUCACACCCUCAAGUCAUCACUAGGAGAAACUUCUGUGAAAUGUUCGUGCUAGAAUGCACCUGCUCCCUGAAGUCCUCCCGCAUCAACGCCCUCUACUAUGAUCGGCCCAAGACUGGGCUACAGCUCUGCGUGGGAACCCUUUCUUAAUCAAUUCCGGAGAUGGUCAGAGUCUUUCUGAAUCGCCGGGUCCUAAGUUGUCGGCGGACUUUGGGCUCCAAACAAGAUUCCUCGUUAAAAACGCAAGAACACGAGGAUGGCGGAGCUGCCGCCCCCGAGGGCUACUGAGCGCGACCAGAGGCAAGUUAUGGAACGGCUGCUCAGAGGCUCAGGUCUUCUCUUGAACCUGCAGCGACGCUCCAGGCGCGUGCACAAAGGCUCCGACGGCGGCCGGCGGGGACUGCAGAGCGCGCGGGGCCCGGCGCCAGAGGUCGCCUGUUCGCGUCCUAGCCAAGCCCCGAGCACCAUGCCGCGGCGCCUGCAGCCCCGGGGCGCCGGCACAAAGGGCCUGCCCGCCACGACCGAGGCGGCUUUGGAGACCUCCUCGCGCCCCAAGCCUUCCGCCUCCGGGGACCCCCCUGCAUCCGCCAAGCCGCUGCUGCGCUGGGAUGAGGUGCCCGACGACUUCGUGGAGUGCUUCAUACUGUCGGGCUACCGGCGGCUGCCCUGCACCGCGCAGGAAUGCCUCGCCUCGGUGCUGAAGCCUACCAACGAGACGCUCAACUUCUGGACGCACUUCAUCCCGCUGCUGCUGUUCCUGAGCAAGUUCUGCCGCCUGUUCUUCCUGAGUGGCCGCGAUGUGCCCUUUCACCACCCGUGGCUGCUGCCGCUGUGGUGCUACGCGUCGGGCGUGCUGCUGACCUUCGCUAUGAGCUGCACGGCGCACGUGUUCAGCUGCCUGUCACUGCGCCUGCGCGCCGCCUUCUUCUACCUGGACUACGCGUCCAUUAGCUACUACGGCUUCGGCAGCACGGUGGCCUACUACUACUACCUGCUGCCGGGCCUGAGUUUGUUGGACGCCCGAGUGAUGACCCCUUAUGUGCAGCAGCGCCUGGGCUGGCACGUGGACUGCACGCGCCUCAUCGCCACCUACCGCGCGCUGGUGCUGCCCGUGGCCUUUGUGCUGGCCGUGGCCUGCACCGUGGCCUGCUGCAAGAGCCGCACUGACUGGUGCUCUUACCCGUUCGCGCUGCGCACCUUUGUCUUCGUCAUGCCGCUUAGCAUGGCCUGUCCCAUCAUGCUCGAGAGCUGGCUCUUUGACCUGCGCGGCGAGAACCCCACGCUCUUCGUGCACUUCUACCGGCGCUACUUCUGGCUGGUGGUGGCCGCCUUCUUCAAUGUGAGCAAGAUCCCCGAGCGCAUCCAGCCUGGCCUGUUCGACAUUAUCGGCCACAGCCACCAGCUGUUCCACAUCUUCACUUUCCUCAGCAUCUAUGACCAGGUGUACUACGUGGAGGAGGGCCUGCGCCAAUUCCUCAAGGCGCCGCCUGCCGCUCCCACCUUCUCGGGCACCGUGGGCUACAUGCUGCUGUUGGUUGUCUGUCUGGGACUGGUCAUCCGUAAGUUCCUAAACAACUCCGAAUUCUACAGUAAAAAGUGAGCCCCCGCCUUGGAGGAGUCUGCUGGUUCGCCCACCUGUUUGUUUGGAAUUUCUGUUGUUGCUGUUGGUUUGUUUUCAAGUUUUGUUGUAUUUCCUUUGCGCAAGGAGGGUGCUGCAGAACCACAGGGAAAAAGUCCAACACGAAAAGGGGGUCUGAGUGCACUUGGGACUUGGAAGAGGGAGGUGGAUCGCGCAGGAGGGAGCGGGCCACUGGGUUUUGCCCCCGGACAAAAUUCAGCUGGUGUCUGUGACAUCCAGGGAUUUUUCAGGAGCAGAGAAUAAAAAUCCCAAAUAAAACCCCAAACAGUUCGAUUUUCCGAUCGUCUUCUGUGCCAGUUGUAGUAACAAGUAGGCCUUUCGAGGUCAGAUAUGCAGUAAAGAGGGUAAGUAGACAAAAUCCCUGAGUACUUCCAUUUCAGUCUGAGGAAUGCUUGGAUUUGUCAAAAGAAUGGAGCUUUGUAGGAAACGGGCACCAAGACAUAAGCCCAGGGCUUAACCUGCUGGAAAAUGCAUGGAAUGUGAACACAAGUUAAUUAUUUCAAAAUGUUUCUCAGAUGUUAUUUAAAUAGUAAUAUAUACAAUGAUUUUUCAUAAUUUAUGAAGCCUGUGCUAUGCACUGAAUUUUCUUUGUCGUGUAGUUUUGAAUUUUGCAGCCCUUCUGCACUGCAUACACUUGAACUGGACAUCAGGGCAAGCAGCUCGAGAGUUCUCAACUACUUUUUUAAACAGUGUUUUCUGAAGGCCUAUGUGUGUCAUAAUACAACUGUGAAUUAUUCUACCUUAGGGACUCUAGUUAAACUCUUGGUGAGGAGCUUGGUGGUUUGUAUAGAUCCCAGAUUCCUAUUUACUUUAAUGUAUUCCACAGAACCCGCCCUAUUUUUUGGUUUAUUUUUAAUCUUAUUAUUUACUUCUCUAUUUAUUUAAAUUGCCACUGGAAUAAAUGUGCCUUUGAAGCAAUGCCCAA